ACCCCACUUGGGAAAUGGAAAACCAUUGCAGCCCCAUCUUCCUCCUUUUGCCUUUUUUCCUUUAUAGUUCUGUACCUGAGUUUCUUUUCUUUCUCUGGUUUGAAAUUCAAAAUUUGAAAGCUUUCAGUUCCCGACAUGACAAAAUGAUACCCAGAACCAGUUUACAAUAAUAGAGGAGGAAGAAGCGUUUCCCGAGUUUGGAUUCUUUCUUUUGGUUUUGUUUUUGUUCCCUGCAGUUGGAGGUAGCUCCCAUGGCAGAUUCAGCUUGCCUCAUGCAACACCCAUUUUCCUACACUUCUGGCUUCCCCAAUGAAGCCAUGGAGGGAAAUCAUCCCAUUCAUGCUCUUGGCCAGUCGGUCUCCUUCGGGAGAUUCACAUCGGAGUCGCUGGCUUGGGAAAAAUGGUCCACUUUCUCCCAAAACCGAUAUGUCGAAGAAGCCGAGAAGUUCUCUCGCCCUGGAUCCGUUGCUCAGAAGAAAGCUUUCUUCGAAGCUCACUACAAGAAAGUUGCUGCUCAGAGGGCUGCCGCCUUGCUUGAGCAGGCUAAUGCUGCUGCUGCUUCAGACCCUGUCGCUGAAACUGAAACUGAACAAAAUGUUCAUGAAUUUGGCUGCUCUGCUUCUCCGCCGAGCACGAUGUCGUCCUCUAAUGGCGCCCAUCAACAGGAGGUCGAGGUUGCAACUGCACAAGAUUUUGUUGCCAUUGACAAUGGGAAUGGCUGCGGUUCUGAUCUUAAGGAGGAGAAAUCUGAAGGGGCUGAUGCAGGCAUUGCCCACCAAAUGAUCGAUGCAAUUCCCCAGAAGAUUGAGUUGAAAAUUGAGGUUGAGGGUAUUGAUUUGAAUGGUGUGUUGACUGAAAAUGAGUUCAAUCAGACACCCCAGAUGAAAAAAUCCAUUUCUAAGAGUUCCCGCCAGAAUUUGGAGCAACCGACCACCAUUAGCAAGAAAAAAGCAACUUCUUCAUCGUCCUCGAAGCUUCCAUUGUUUAACAGAUCAUCUAAGAUCCCAUCUACACCUGCAAAACCAACUGCUGCCAAUUCUUCGUCGUCCUCAAAGAUUCCAUUGUUUAACAGAUCAUCUAAGAUCCCAUCUACACCUGCCAAACCAACUGCUGCAACUUCUUGUCUCAACAAUGCAACUCCAAAACAAGUUGCCAGUGCCAACAAAUAUGUAUUGGAGUCUGCAGAUAAAAGGAAAUCUACUCCUAAAUCUCUCAGGAUGGCUGUCAAUUUUACGCCAAUUCGAGAGCUCAAUAAGUUUACUUCAUCGGUCAUAAGAAAGAUCGAACGUUCAAAAGUUGGGCCCAGUUAUUCCAAACCAGCUAAAGAUUGCUCAACUCCUCUUAGGACACCGAAUACGGCAUUGAAGAGUGAGGCCCAAAAGCAUCCUUCUGCUACACCCUGGUCAGAAAAGAGAAGAAACAAAAUGUAUUCCCCAUUUUCAUUCACCCCUUUCAGCUUGAGAACCGAAGAAAGAGCAGCAAGAAGAAAGGAGAAACUCGAAGAGAAGUUCUACACAAAUGAACCACAAAAAAAGGUGCAACUUCAAACAAAACUAAAGGAGAAAGCCGAAACAGAAAUAACUAAACUUCGUCAAAGCUUCUGCUUCAAAGCCAGGCCAUUGCCCGACUUCUACAAGGAGCGAAAAGCUCAGAAGAAUGAGGUUUCCACGUCUCAUCCCCCGUCACUUGGAAGAAAUACCAACCCAAAAACAGGAGAAGCCACAAUGUCUCAUUCUGGCCAUAGGCUUCCAGUUAAAAGCAGCAGAAGCAAUAAUAAAAACGUGCAGGGAAAGGCUCAUUCUCUGUCUUUACAAACUUUAAUGUCUGCUCAUGAGAACACAUCUCCUAAUAUUCAGCAGUGAAGGUCAAGCAGCAUAAUCCUUAUCAAUAUUUUCAUUUCUGCUGAAGCGUUGAAGCAAUUUCCACAUAUUCAUGAGGUAACCAGAUCUCGACAUCUUAAUUACGGUGGAUCCAUUUUUGUUCUGCUGGUAUAUCUGUCAAUUUUUAUGUAAGAAAGCCUUGUUUGAUAUGAACUACUGUAUAAAAAUAUCAGUAUAUGUGUAGAGAACAUUGAUCUGA